CGCUGGCCAAAGGCAGCGCACAGGGCUUGAGCGGGUCCGCCUGUGCGCAUGCGCUCAGUGAGCGCUGCUGCUGGCAGCGGCGGUGGAAUGUUUGGGGGCUGUCAAUGAAGAGAGGCGCCGCUGCUGCUGGCCGGUGCCGGGGCAGGUCAGCCUGAGGGGGCCCUCCGAGAUACUCCUCCGCAGCAGGGCAGAGCCUCCCUCGCGGCUCCAGCCUGACUGCGGCUUUGCCAGCCCCGCAGAGCAGCCCGGAGAGGGGACGGGGUUUCGCCGGGUCCCCCAGCAGCCGCCUGAGGUGCCGGGGGAGAGGGACCCGUAACCCCCGCCCCCCCAACCAGCCGGGACGGGAAGCGGCCUGAGAGGCGGAGGCAGCAGCUGGGGUGAUGAUGAACAGGUUCAGAAAGUGGCUCUACAAGCCCAAGAGGACUGACCCACAGCUCCUUGCCCAGUUCUACUAUGCAGAUGAAGAACUAAAUCAAGUAGCAGCUGAACUAGACUGUUUGGAUGGAAGAAAAGACCCACAAAGAUGCACAUUGCUAGUCAACCAAUUCCGCUCUUGUCAGGAUAAUGUUUUAAACAUCGUGAAUCAAAUCAUGGAUGAAUGCAUUCCACAUGAACGGGCCAACCGGGACUUCCGUGUUAAAUUUCCAGAAGAAAUACGCCAUGACAACCUUGCAGGACAGCUUUGGUUUGGAGCAGAGUGCUUGGCUGCUGGUUCCAUUAUUAUGAAUCGUGAAAUUGAGAGCAUGGCUAUGAGACCAUUGGCUAAGGAUCUGACCCGCAGCCUGGAGGAAGUUAGGAACGUUAUUCGGGACCAGGCCUUAAGGGAUUUGAAUCUUUACACAGAAAAAAUGAAAGAGUCGCUUAAACAUUUUGAUGUCCUUUUUGCUGAAUUUGAGUUAAGGGAUCUGCUUCAGACCUUAACUGAUGAUGAGCUGCACACCCUGGAACGUAACCUCUGCAUAUCCCAGGAUGUGGAUUUUCCUGUCAGAACAGAUCCUGAAGUGCCCACUGUCAGUACAACUGCCUUAGCUGCAACUUUGCCUGCUGAGGAGCUUUCAGCAAAAGCUGAAAACACAGAAGCUGAGCUAGCCUGUUCUAUGCAGUAUGAUGCACAGGAAUUGGAGCAGCUGAAAAGGAUGGUCCACAGGGUUGGAGAUGAGAUGUCUUCCCUGCUUUCCCCACCAAGUGUCUGCCAGUCUCCAGCACACAGACCUGGCAUAAGAAAUGGCUCCAGCACAGAGACCUCGCCUAACAGACAACAUCUUGACAACUUAAUUGACGAAGAGGAGAGAGUGUUUUUUAUGGAUGAUCUGGAUGGAGCAGGAGAAGCUCUUGCUGGGUUGGAUUCAGUCAAUGACACAUUUGCAUGGGUCUGCCACAAUUCAAAGCAGAGCGUGCAGCACAGGGAACCUUUAGUGUAUGACAAUGGUCAUCAAACAGAAGAGACUUUACUUUUAAGAGAGGUAGAAAGCGAUUUAAGCAAUAAUAACAAUAUUGAAGAUGGCAAACAGAUGACUUGUAUCUCAGUUCAAAAUUCGUGCAGUUGUUUAGAAGGUCCUGAUUCACAGUUAUACCUCAGUGGCUGGGAUACAUAUGCUGAUGCAGAGACAGCAGAAAUGAUAGCCCAUAGGACAGGUGGAAUGAAGAUAUCUGCUACUGUAAUAUUUAAUCCCAAAUCUCCCGCUACUUCAGAAUCCCCAGUAACAACACCAGAAGUAGCUAUCAGUUGUGUUCCUGGGUCUUCUGAUUCUUUAGCUGAUGAAGAGGAGAGUGAAUCCCAUAAACUCAGCAUAGCUGCCACAAAUUGUCUCAUUAAUUCCUGUGUGUGUUGUGGCAGCUGUGAAGACAGUAGGGAGGAUAAUAUUGUUGGUUUAAAGACCAGACAUUCCCCAGGAAAAGUUAUAAAUGCUUCUUAUAGUUUAGUAAAAUCUAAAGAAAAGGACCAUAUAGAUAAACUGGAUAGUGCAGUCUCUGCACAGGAGGCAUUAAAAACUGAAACGUCUCCUGCUUUGCUAGCAGAAAGAGAUUCUGGCAGAGAAGAACAGAAACUGUCUAACUCCUCUAAGUGCCUGGCACAUUCCUCAGGUUCACAGAUGGGAGCAGAAAAUGGAUCACAAGUAGAGGUGGAAAUCUCAAAUCAGCAAAAGAAAUGGGAGAAAAGAAGGCAGCCAAGUCAGAAGCAAUCAGAGAACAAUGAAGAAAGUAGUAGUGAAAGAAUGGCAAAGGAUGACAUUAAAUCAAGAGCUAGUUCAAGUUCUCAGGAUGGCUUACGUGAUUCCCCCCUCAGCUCCAUCUCCAGCAGUGACUAUGACAGUGUUUCUGUCACUACAUGUAGUCUCUCCAGCAUAUACGCUCUGAGCAGUUUAAUGACCAGCUCCUGUUCAUCUGAUGACAUUGAUCAGGAGGAAAUCCAGCUUGCCUUACAGGCAGCUAAAAUUGCUACCAGAGAAAAGAUCAGAUCCCGAUUUCACGGCAGCAAUGACCUUAUUCACCGACUCUUUGUCUGCAUCUCAGGUGUGGCUGACCAGCUGCAGACAAACUAUGCCAGUGAUUUGCGAAGCAUCUUAAAGACCUUAUUUGAAGUGAUGGCAACCAAACCUGAAACAGAGGACAAGGAAAAGCAAAAAAAAGUAAAUCAGGGUUUAAGGAAUGCAGCACUGGAAGAUUGUGCUUUAUGCCAGGAAACCAUAUCGUCUUCAGAACUUGCAGCAAAGGCCAGAGAUGGGGACUUUGAAGAUCCUCCUGAUUGGGUACCAGAUGAAGUUUGCAGCUACUGCACUGCGUGCAAAGCUCCUUUCACAGUAAUUCGCAGGAAGCACCAUUGUAGGAGCUGUGGGAAGAUCUUCUGCUCUCGCUGUUCUUCCCACUCGGCUCCAUUACCUCGCUAUGGUCAGAUGAAGCCUGUCCGUGUUUGCACUCACUGUUACAUGUUCCAUGUCACUCCUUUCUACAGUGACAAAGCUGGUAUCUGACAUAAUAAACUAGUGAUGUACCUAUUGGAGUCUUAUAUGGACUGAUAUUACAUUUGAUCUAAGCCAAGAAUUAACUUGAAAGAAGGACCUUGGGUGGGUGUGUAGGCUUUGACAUCCAUUACUAUAAAUUUUGUACAGGCAGUUUUUGUUGCAUUUUAUUAAGCUGCUAAAGGGAAGCAUGAAGUGUCUGUAGCUGUUAGGCUACAGUACAGUCUUCCAUAAACAGGGGCGGCUCUAGACAUUUUGCCACCCCAAGCACGGCAUUAUGCCAUGGGGGGUGCUCUGGCGGUCGCCGGUCCCGCGGCUCCGGUGGACCUCCCGCAAGCAUGCCUCUGGAGGGUCCACUGGAGCCACAGAACCAGUGGACCCUCCGCAGGCAUACUGCUGAAGACACCCUGCCUGCCACCCCUGCGGCGCCAGCAGAGCGCCCCCCGCGGCACGCCGCCCCAAGCACGCGCUUGGCGUCCUGGGGCCUGGAGCCGCGCCUGUCCAUAAAUUUCUAAUGUUAAUGUUACAAUGCCAUAUGCAGAAUUAAACGCACUGCGUGGAAAGAAAUAGGGCUCGGAGAAUUGAACAAAUGUUGCUACUUAUUUUAUAUAUUAAGAACAGAGUAGGUGGUUGACUCUAACUUACUCAUCACAGCAAAUCGUUUCCAAAGCUGGGACACUUCUGCAUUCACUAGUGUUCUAGGAUGUUCUGAGCGUGAAGGUCAGCUCUUUUCUGCCGACUUGCUAUUUAGCUUUUCCAUUACUUCAUAUAAGCUACCUAAGCUAACAUUAAUCGAGGCAAAAUAUUUCAAACUUACAUUCAGUAUUCAUGUAGGCAAAAUUCUCUUUGAACCCAACAGGAAGAACUGAAGUUUCCAGAGCAGUACACCUGUUGCCUUUCAUUUAUUCAUCACAGCAAUAACUCAGUGUCUUCUAAAAAUUAAUUCUUACAUAUUUCAAUUUAAUUCUAUAUAAUUUGUGAGGUUUGAAGUUGUUUACAUGUAGCAUAGUUCAAACCAAUUCCUGGUAAUAAAAAUAUAACAUGUGAGAGACUUUGGUUUGCAAUAUCAGUAAUAAAAUACUAAAAAACAGCUCCAGAGGAAAUAGUCAACAAAUUAAUGAAUUAUUGUUAAAAAAAACAACAAAAUAUUUUUGAAAAAGUUAAGCACUAUAGUGUCACAUGUUACAGAACUUGUUCCAAGCUGUGUUUUUUAAAUUUUUAAAAUGAUUUUCUAAAGGCAAACAUUAAACAAUACUGUAUAUUUUUAUCCAAAAGGACUGAAACAUUGGCCUAGCAUCCAAAGUUUCUUAUCAUCCAUAGUUGGUUGAGUAAUUUUAUAAAAUAUUUCAUACUCUUACUUUUAGAUCACCCUGCUACCGCCUCAAAAGAUAUUUACAUUUAUUUUAAUCACCAUGGCUAGAUUUUGGUUCCCCUUGGAUUGGAAAAAAAUUCAUAGAUUCAUACAACGAUCUUGCACAAAGAGCUGUGUGAGUACUAGAUUUUCAAAGGUGUUUGGACAUGCUUUGAGUUAACCACAUUAAAAGAACAAUGCAACGUGCUGUGGUUAAGGAGGAAAUUAUAGCAAGAGCUUUUUGUGGUAUCCUGUUUGGUGACUUGCAGUAUUACAUGGUGUUUCAAGCCGACAGAGAAGAUAAAAAAGUUGUUUGCACUAUUUUGCUCAAGAAGGGUCCUCAUUUAAAAUGAUAAAGCAAAAACUGGUUAGUUUGUGUGUGUGUGUGUACAUUCCCUUUGCUUUGUGAUUUUUUUUAUCCAAUGCAAAUGAGUCAUAUAAGGGUAUACAUCUUGUUGAAAUUGCUGCCAUAUAAAUCAGAUUAAACAGUUCCACUAGUUUAUGUGAAAUGCACAAGCCUUAUGAAGCUAGCUGUGGGUAAAUUCAGCUGUGGGAUGUUCUCCUCACUUAUUUGUAUAUAUGUUUUUUGCAAAGUCUCUUUCACAUAAUCCUCAAAUUGGAAUGUCACCAUUCACCAGAGUUUAGCUGGCUCAGGGUGGGUAGCUUAGAUGUGAGGUGGGUCGUAUGGUACAAGCAGUGAUACUUAUUCAGGCUUAAAUCUCAGGCUUCACAUUGCAAUGAUUAUUGCAGUUUUAUUUUUCGAGAAACAACAAAUCUAAUGCUUCUUUUAUAGGAUGAAAAAAAUAAAAUGCAACAAUCUUCAAUAGUGAAAUAAAUAUGCACAAAAGUUGCUUCUGUGGAAAAAAAUCUCAUUUAAUGGACUGAAUAUUAUUUAUUCAAGCUUGUUUUUAUUUUGUAAAUGCUGUAAUUCAGAAUCAUUUCCAUAAAUAUGAUAUUUAAGGAUCUCAGACAUUAUAGUUUCUUAUGUAAAUACAAACUCCUAUUUCUCUUACUGAAAAGCACAAUGACUAUAUCAAUAUUAAAAUGCAUUUGCCUCAA